CAUUCGAGACCAGGCAUCGUUCCCUAAUUCUUGCCUGACUUCUCAAUGGUGGAGUCAUUUAUCAGUUACAGGGUGGUCUUGUGAAGUUUUCAUUGAAGGAUGAGAAAAGUGUAAUCAUACGAGAUGGUAAAACAUUCAUGCUGUACGGGAGCUGGGGCGUGAGCGAAGACUGUUAUGUAGGCUUCUCCAUAGGAAAGCAUAGUCACGCUUUUACGCACUUCCAGGUGUCUUCUCUUACCAAACUAAAAGUGAAUAAAGAAACCUGACGCUUGACAAACUGUGCUCACUAUCCAAGGCCGGGAUUAUGAAUUUGCAACUUGUUGAUUGUUUUUCAUAAUUGUUUUCUAUUUUAAGCGCGGUGCUGGAGUUAUUUAUUCACUAUUAGGCCUAUGCGCGAUCCAUAAUCAAGACAACCGUUAUCAGCAGGUAGUCUAAUGUGGAUAAAUUGCAAUGUUGUUGAUUUGCUGUUACAACCACACUUUUUUUCUGCAAGAAAUUGUAGGCUGCUCCGCGUGACGAGUGUUAUCCUACUGGUCCAGAUGUUUGGGAUAUUGGAUGUGGGGUGUUGAAACUAGGAUAGAGGACGCUGCCGUGCCUAAACUUUACUCGGCUGUUGGCUAUGGUUUAUCAAAAGCGCUGUUUUGGAUUUGGACUUCUAAAAAUAAUGUCGGAGACAGCAACGGGACAAUGCCCUCUCACCUGGACGUUGGAGAGAGCUGGACGGGUGCAUUGAGAUUCCCUUAUGCCAGAUAGCAGCGUAUCAUCAUUAAAUAGCUUUUCUGUUUAUAUUUCAUAAAUCCUAAGGAAUGGCUUCCCAGGUGGUGUGCGGACUGGUCUUCAGGCUGCUGCUGCCAGUUUGUCUCGCUGCAGCUUGUCUGUUCCGGUACAAUGGGUUCUCUUUUGUCUACCUCAUCUACCUCCUGCUCAUCCCACUGUUCCCAGAACCCACCAAAACGACAAUGCAAGGUCACACAGGGUGCCUGGUUAAGUCCCUGUGCUUCACCGGUAUGGCUUUCCUGCUGCUGCACAUCAUCUACCAGGUUACCAUCAACAGUCUGCUAGCAGGAGACUACAUAGAACCCAACUUCAACUGUUCAACAUGGGAGAAGUCGGUGCGACAGCUGGGCUUGGAAAGCGUCCGGGGUGCCGAUGCAGGAAACGGAAUCCGUGUGUUGAUGCCAGACAUUGGCGUGUUCGUGGCGGGCCUGGUCACGUGGCUGCUGUGUCUGAGUCUGGAGGAGAAGCCGCAGGUGAAAGACAAAUCACAGCAGCAUGACGUCGAAUGCGAGUCAGACAGUCAGGAAAAGAAGGAUGAGGAGGUUGAGAAAGAGGAGGGAAAAAAGCAGGAGGAGGUUGAGAAAGAGGAGGGGGAAAAGGAGGAGGAGGUUGAGAAAGAGGAGGGGGAAAAGGAAGAGGAGGUUGAGAAAGAGGAGGGGGAAAAGCAGGAGGAGGUUGAGUUGGAGGAGGGGGAAAAGGAGGAGGAGGUUGAGUUGGAGGAGGACGACCUGAUGUUCGAGGUGGACUUUGAGACGGGCGAGGAUGGAGAUGGAGAGAUGACUGGGGACGAGGUGGAGGAGGGAGGAGAGGGGCAAGAAGGGGAUGGAGAAGUAGAGGAGGAGAGCACCAAAAUGAAGAUCCUUCGUCAGAUAGCGGCGAUGGCAUCCAAAGUCAAGGAGAUCAUUGGGAAUCUUAUUACCACGGCAGGGAAAGUAGUGGUCACCAUUCUUCUGGGCCUUACAGGCAUCAUGCUGCCCUCCCUGACCUCUGCAGUCUACUUCUUCACCUUCCUGGGCCUGUGUACCUGGUGGUCCUUCUGUCGGACAUUCCACCCGCUCAUCUUCAGCUGUCUGUGUGUCCUCAUGGCCAUCUUCAGCGCUGGUCACCUGGUGACUCUCUACCUCUACCAGUUCCAGUUCUUCCAGGAGCUCAUCCCACCUGGGGAUAGCUACGCCAGUCUGUUUGGAAUCUCGUCGGUGGUCCAGACUGACUGCUCCCACACCUGGAUGUUCCGGGUCAACCCGGCGCUGUCCUGGCACCACUAUGUCAACCCCAUCAUGCUGCUGUUGCUCUACUACACCCUGGCCACACUCAUACGCUUCUGGCUGCAGGACCCCACAGACACGCUUCUUUCAACCCAAGACGGAUACAGCACAUCUGAGGUUUUGAUAGUAACCUCCAACGGGUCUCCUCAGGACUAUGUCCACACCAACGGGCUGCUGGGGCUGGACCUGCACUCCACACCGCAGUACAAACCAGGCCAACCAGGGCCAGAUCUGGGGAGUGUGUAUGAGGUGGUGGUUGUGCAGGGUGAAGGUUUGAAAGAAGAGAUGGAUGCAGGGGCGAUGGCGUGGGCGACUGCGCCGGGGGAAGGAAUGACGCGAGCUAAUGCGGUGGUCACGGCCUUCAGGUUCAUCAUGAAGCAAAGCUACAUCUGUGCUCUUAUUGCAAUGAUGGCGUGGAGUAUCACUUAUGUCAGCUGGCUGACCUUUGUGUUUCUCAUCUGGUCCUGCACGCUGUGGAUGGUGCGCGACCGCCGUCGGUACACCAUGACCACCUCCCCCUUCAUGGUGUUCUAUGGGAACCUGUUGAUCAUCCUACAGUAUAUCUGGAGCUUUGAGCUCCUCCAACCCGUGCCCGGGCUUUUCUUAAAGAAAGAGGUGCCCUUCCGGGAACUGGGCUCCAAGAUGCUGUGCCUGCUGAGUUUCUGGCUGCUGCUGAGACAGGCGUUGACAGAGAGGAAGGAGAGCCAGAGAGAAGAGGAGGUGCUGUCAGACAUCAGGGUCAUCCAUACCCACAAGAAGGAGGACAAGGAGGUGAUGGAUGAGAGCGGUGGACACAGAGAGAUGAUGCAGGUGCUAGGCAACACGCUCAUGGCCAUGUUGAACAAGUACUGGAUCUACAUCUGCGGAGGGAUGUUCUUCUUCGUCAGCUUCGAGGGACGCAUCGUCAUGUACAAGAUCAUCUACAUGAUGCUGCUCCUCUUCUGCGUGGCCUGCUACCAGGUGCACUAUGAGUGGUGGAGAAGCAUGCUGAAGUACUUCUGGAUGUCUGUGGUGGUGUACACCAUGCUGGUCCUCAUCCUGAUCUACACCUUCCAGUUUGACUCCUCCAUCCACGUCUGGUUCAACAUGACCGGCAUGAGCAAGGACAAACUGGAGGACCUGGGUCUGGAGAAGUUCUCUGUCCCGGCUCUGUUCACGAGGAUCUUCAUCCCCACCUCCUUCCUGUUGGUCUGCAUCCUCCACCUGCACUACUUCCACCAGCGCUUCCUCCUGCUCACUGACAUCAAGACGGUGGCAGACAAACAGAAGAGCACGAUCACCAGGCUGGUGCACCUAGAUGGCAGUUUGGCAGAUAUCUCUCUCAUCAAACCCACCCUCACUGUGACCACCAAAGACGAGGAGGCUGGGGAGAAGGUGCAGCUGGAAGAGGAAGAUGGGAAGGAGGAGGAGGAGAAGAAGAGAAGUUAUGAGGAGGAGGAGGAGGAAGAGGAGGAGGAGAAGAGGUAUGAAGAACCCCUGGAGCACUGCAGCAAGGCGGAGUCCCCUUUCGACGAGAUGUCAGACCUGAGGAGUAAGUGGUAUCUGGUGGUGGACCGCCUCACGGUGCUCUUCCUCAAGUUCCUGCAGUACUUCCAGCAGCUGCAGCUGACCAUCUGGUGGAUCCUGGAGCUCCACAUCAUCAAGAUCGUCUCCUCCUACAUCAUCUGGGUCUCAGUCAAAGAGGUGUCUCUGUUCAACUAUGUGUUCCUGGUGAGUUGGGCAUUCGCCCUGCCCUUCGGUCAGUUCAGGCCCCUGGCCUCCAGCGUCUGUACCGUCUGGACCUGUGUCAUCAUCGUCUGCAAGAUGCUCUACCAACUCACCUCUAUAAACCCCUCUACAUACUCAAAGAACUGCUCCAUGCCUCUGAACUACACGGAUAACCAGAGGAGUGAGAUGGCUCACUCCCUGCUCUACAGCGCCCCUGUGGACCCAGCCAACUGGGUGGGUCUCCGCAAGUUCUCCCCCCUACUGGAGAACCUGAGGAACAACCUGUUGAUUCUGGCCCUUCUGGCGUUCGAGGUGACCAUCUACCGCCAUCAGGACCUGUACCGCAUGAGAAACAAGCUCACCACGCCUGUCACCAGAACCAUUUUCCACGAUAUCACCCGGCAACACCUCGACGACAGCAUCGUCAACGGUGCCAAGUACUUCAUCAACUACUUCUUCUACAAGUUCGGCCUGGAGACAUGCUUACUGUUGGCGGUGAACGUGAUUGGCCAGAGGAUGGACUUCUACGCCAUGCUCCACGCUUUCGGCCUGAUCGCAGUCAUCUACCAACGGCGCCGGAAGGCCAUCGCUGACACCUGGCCCAAGUACUGUUGCUUCCUGGCCUGCAUGCUCACCUUCCAGUACUUUGUCUGCAUUGGCGUCCCCCCGGCCGCCUGCAAAGACUACCCAUGGAGGUUCCCCUCAUCCUCCACAGACUCCAACGUCAUCAAGUGGCUGUAUUUCCCUGACUUCCACACCAAGCCCAACCCCCUGUUCCUGCUCUAUGACUUCAUGCUGCUGCUGUGUGCCUCGCUGCAGAGACAGGUGUUUGAGGAGGAGAAGGAGGAAGUCGUGCACCUUCUGGCCGGUGACAACAUGGAGAUCUGCAGGGACCUGGACUCCGCCUUCUUCAGUCAACACAACCCCGUCCCAGACUUCAUACACUGCAGAUCCUACCUGGACAUGCUGAAAGUGAUCAUGUUCAGCUACCUCUUCUGGUUCGUGCUCACCAUCAUCUUCAUCACGGGCACCACCCGCAUCUCCAUCUUCUGUAUGGGCUACCUGGUGGCCUGCUUCUACUUCCUGCUCUUUGGGGGUGACCUGCUGCUCAAGCCAAUCAAAAGCAUCCUGCACUACUGGGAUUUCCUGAUCGCCUACAAUGUGUUUGUGAUCACCAUGAAGAACAUCCUGUCGAUACUGGCCUGUGGAUACAUAAAGUCCCUGGUCACCAAUCACUGUUGGCUCAUACAGCUGUUCAGCCUGGCCUGCACUAUAAAAGGCUAUUCUAAACCUGAGCAACAGGCCAACAAGCAUUGUGAGUUGCCUAGCGACGAGGCAGGCAUCAUCUGGGACAGCAUCUGUUUUGCCUUCCUGUUGCUACAGCGACGCGUAUUCAUGAGCCACUACUUCCUACACGUGGUCGCCGACAUUCGCUCCUCACAGAUCCUCGCCUCCAGAGGGGCUGAGCUGUUCCAAAGCACCAUAGUGAAAGCUGUAAAAGCCAGGAUCGAAGUGGAGAAGAGGUCCAUGGACCUGCUGAAGAGACAAAUGGACCGUAUCAAGAGUCGACAGCAGAAGUUCAAGAGGGGGAAGGAGAGGAUUUUGAGUUUGGUGCAGGAGAGCGGAGACGCAGGCCGCGGACACAGCAAGGACGGGGAGGGGGAGGAGGAUGAAGAUAAAGAAAUGAGCAGAGAGAAGAAAAUACAACGGUGGUGGAGGCCGUGGGUGGACCAUGCAUCCAUGGUGAGAAGUGGUAACUAUUACCUGUUUGAGACGGACAGUGAAGAAGAGGAAGAGGAGGAUAAAAAUGAGGAAGAGCAGCCCAAGAAGUCUGCAUUUCAGUUUGUUUACCACGCCUGGAUGACCAAUUCCAAGACAGCCAUGAAGGAGCGCAGCAAGGAGAAACGUCGCUUCUGGAAGAAAUACACUGAAGGGAGCAGCAGCAAGUCAAGGACAGAGGACCUGGAGGAAGCAGUUCAUGUUCCUAUGGAAGAGGAGAACCAGGAGGAGAUGAAAACAGAUGGAUCAGACAACAUGCUGAAGCGAGUCUUCAACAUAGUCAAGUUCUCCUGGGUGUUGUUCCUGGCCAUGUUGGACAGUUUCACAGCCUGGAUCAACUCCAUGUGUCAGGAACACCUGGACAUCUCCACCGUGCUACGCAUCGAGCGCUGUAUGCUCACGCACGAGGUUAACAAGGGGAACAAGCCUUCCCGGGAGAGCAUACACGUGUACUACCGCAAGCAAAUGUGCAAGGCUGCGUCCAUUGAGUCGGGCCUGGAGAGAACCGAGGAGGAGACGUGCCAGGACUGCAUCCCCCACAAGGCUGAGAGCUGUGCCUGUCUGGAGAGCCAAGAAUCUGUGACGUCUCAUGAUAGCCUGUCCAGUGCGUACACAGAGAGCACACUGCUCUACUCCUGUCGCUCCACUCUGGACCACACUGACAUGGAUCCUGACAACGUACAGGUGCCCAAGACCAGCGAGCGUGCCCGUCCUAAACUCUGCAAGAUGGAGGGGCUGGACCUAAAGUCCACCUCUUCAGCUGACAGCAGAGGCAGCCAGGCCAGUGAGCACAACCAGUGUACAGCCCUCUGUUCCCGCCAGGGGACCACCGACACCAUCGAGGAGACAGGAGAGGAGCCAGACCAGGACCCCCAAGACCCCCACUCCUCCUGCACUGAGACCCCAUCCACCUCCACCUCCAUGGGGCUGUACAUGGAACAUGAGGGGGUUCUUCUCUCCAGGUCCAGGGGUUUGGACUGGGACAGUAGGGACAGCGUCCCGGAAGUCAAACAGACAGGGUUGGAGAGAGGACUGUGCUACGCCCACCACAGUGACCUCCAGCUCUACCAGGCAGACCUCCCCAGUACAGACACAGACAUCCCCCCCUCAUACAGCAGAGCUACAGGCCUGGACAGGGAGGGGGCCUCGUACAGCAGAGCUACAGGCUUGGUCAGGGAGGAGGCUGAACGGGCCUCAUCCAUUAGGGCCCAUCAUAAGAAGAGGUUGGUUGUGGUGACACCUGACGAGAAGUCUGAUUUUCUGUCGGGCGUCACGAGUGGCACGUUUCCCUCGCUCACCCACGAGCUGACAGCCAGCGAUCUGCUACGCAAUAGGAUGUUCUACGACGAGGAGUUGGAGGAUUCAGAGCGUUUCUACGGCAAUCAGCCGGCCCUGCUCCAGCUGCUCUAUGCUCUGUACAACAUGCUGGUGGCCCACUCAGAGAUGGUGUGUUUCCUGGUCAUCAUCCUCAACCACAUGAUCUCAGCAUCCGUGGCCACGCUCGUCCUUCCCAUCUUCAUCUUCCUCUGGGCCAUGCUGUCUGUCCCCAGGCCCAGCAAACGUUUCUGGAUGACCGCCAUCGUCUACACAGAGGUCACCAUUGUGAUCAAGUACUUCUUCCAGUUUGGUUUCUUCCCCUUCAACCAGAACAUUGAGCUGGACAAGUCCAAACCUUUCCAUCCUCCCAACAUCAUCGGUGUGGAGAAGAGGGAGGGAUAUGUGCACUAUGACCUGGUUCAGCUGCUAGCUCUGUUCUUCCACCGAUCUAUUCUCAAGUGUCACGGGCUGUGGGAUGAGGACAACCCCAGGGGAGGAGGGAGGGAAACCCCCAAGCAGCCCCACCACGAGAGGGAGAAGAGGACCAGCUCCAGGCCAGUGGAGAAGCAGGCUGCGGAGGGCAGCAGCUCCCUGCUGGAGUCGGUCCGCAACCGCAUCCCCCGACAUUUCCACUCCAUGUCCACCUCCACCCCGCUGCGCCGCAAGAGCUCCAGCUCCGCCUCCCACCUUUCCCAGCGCACCGCCCACUCCAAAGGAGAUAGUGUGAGCUCACGGCCUGGCCUGCGGAGAAGGCACAGCUUGCGGAGAGGAGACAGCCUGCGGAGAGGGGACAGUGUGCUGAGUGUCCAGCACAGGAGCAAGAAGGAGAUGAUCCUGGAGAAACUCAGAGAGCAGCUCAUCAAAGCCAAGAGCUUCACUGUCAAAAAAACUCUGGAGAUCUACAUUCCCAUCUGUCAGUUCUUCUACAACCUGAUCCACCCAGAGUACAGUGCAGUGACAGACGUCUAUGUGCUGAUGUUCCUGGCCGACACAGUGGACUUCAUCAUCAUCGUCUUCGGCUUCUGGGCAUUUGGGAAACACUCUGCGGCAGCUGACAUCACUUCCUCCCUGUCGGAAGACCAGGUUCCCGAAGCCUUCCUGGUGAUGGUGCUGAUCCAGUUUGGCACCAUGAUCAUCGACCGAGCCCUCUACCUCCGCAAGACCGUCAUGGGAAAAGUCAUCUUCCAGGUCAUCCUGGUGUUCGGCAUCCACUUCUGGAUGUUCUUCAUCCUGCCUGGAGUCACAGAGAGACGGUUCAGUCAGAACACAGUGGCCCAGCUGUGGUACUUCGUCAAGUGCAUCUACUUUGGCCUGUCGGCCUAUCAGAUCCGCUGUGGCUACCCCACCCGCGUCCUGGGCAACUUCCUCACCAAGAGUUACAACUACCUCAAUCUUUUCCUCUUCCAAGGGUUCCGCCUGGUCCCGUUCCUGACGGAGCUGCGAGCGGUGAUGGACUGGGUGUGGACGGACACCACCCUCAGCCUGUCCAACUGGAUCUGUGUAGAGGACAUCUACGCCCAUAUCUUUGUCCUCAAGUGCUGGAGGAUGUCAGAGAAGAGGUACCCCCAGCCUCGCGGUCAGAAGAAGAAGAAGGUGGUGAAGUAUGGGAUGGGAGGUUUGAUCGUCAUGCUUCUUAUCUGCAUUGUUUGGUUCCCGCUGCUCUUCAUGUCACUGGUCAAGUCAGUGGCCGGGGUGGUCAACAAACCUCUGGACGUGUCGGUCACCAUUACCCUGGGAGGCUUUCAGCCCAUUUUCACUAUGAGUGCCCAGCAAAAUCAACUGAAGGACAUUAGCAAAGCAGAUUUUGCAGACUUCAUGAAUUCAUACAACUACAUUCCGUCAGCGAUGCAGUUCCUGGAGGCCUACACGUCAGCGGACGUGGCUGUGGCGGAGCUGGAGGGCAGUUCCAACUCCCUGUGGACCAUCAGCCCCCCCAGCAGGAAGAACCUGAUGAACGUUCUCAGCAAGGAGGAAUACUUCCCUGUCACCAUGUCCUGGACCAUCCAGAGGAAUCUCAGUCUUGGAGCCAAAGCUGAAGUUGCGACAGAUAAACAUAUAACAUACCUUGAUAUGACAACGCGACAAGAGUUAAUAGAUCUGCUGAAUGGGACCAGAAACCAGGCUGUGGUGAUAGAACAAGUCUUCCCAUGCUUCCUCAGAGCUCCCAGUGACUCCAAUGCCAAACCUAUAGAACAACUCUAUAAAGACAAUAGCUACAAGAACAUCCUGCUAGCCCUGGAGAGAACCCACAACAGCAGUGGAGAGAUCCAGGAGUGGUGGAUUGUAGACCAGCCGUCGGCGGGACAGAUCCAGAUGAGGGGUGCGGCAGUUGGGAAGAAGAGAGAGGCGGGCCUCCAGCUGUACGUGUUUAGUGACAAAGUCAGCCCGCCCAGUCUGGGCUUCCUGGCAGGAUAUGGGAUCAUGGGUCUCUACGCCUCGGUGGUGCUCGUCAUCGGAAAGUUUGUGCGCGAGUUCUUCAGCGGCAUCUCGCACUCCAUCAUGUUCGAGGAGCUGCCCGCCGUGGACCGCAUCUUGAAGCUGUGUACCGACAUCUUCCUGGUCAGAGAGACGGGCGAGCUGGAACUGGAGGAAGACCUGUAUGCCAAGCUCAUCUUCCUAUACCGAUCACCAGAGACUAUGAUCAAGUGGACCAGGGACCAGAAAACAAAGUGAGAGAGCCACCUAGUAGGCGACAGAGACAUGAAGUCUCAGAAUGAUAGAUUUUUUUUUUUUUAAAAGCACAAUCCAGCAGGAAGUUCCAAGCUAGCUUGUUGCGCUCCCUGUCUUUUGGUGUGACUGUGAUAAGAACCAUCUCCCUAUCGAGCCUACAGUGAAACAAUAUGACUGCAGAAGUAGUUGCUUGUUUGUACUCUUUAAGUGCAUCUCUAAAGAUUUGCAGCCAUCAGUCAGUCAGUGUGUUAGAGAUGACACAGACGUCUGGCCUUUUUCCUAUUGGGAAACAUGAACCAUGGGUUGUGCAAUAUACUGUCCAGAUAGUUGGCUGUGAACUUGAACAGACAUGUUAUCUUGAGCUACACGGAAGAGAAGGGGGCAGCGACAGAGACACUAGCCACUUGUAUUGUCCAAGAUAUUUUCCCUUACAGUAGCCUACUGGAUGUGCUUUGACUUUUCCGGCAAGACAACAGCGAGAGGUUGGGACAUGGAAAACAAGUUAAGAUACUUUGUUGCCGUUAUUGUGAUGUUUCUGAAGAGUAAUCAGUGGAGCUGUCGUUCUCAGGAAAUGUAUAUCAUCUCACCAGAGCGGGAAUACUUUUUUUUUUUUUUUUUUUUACCUGUAGGACACCUAGGAGAAACUAAAAAGGGAAAAACAGUGAUGUGAUGAACACUGAGUAUUUCUAUCAUAUCAUGGAGUAUGUUCAUGUUCACUGAGUAUUUCUAUCAUAUCAUGGAGUAUGUUCAUGUUCACUGAGUAUUUCUAUCAUAUCAUGGAGUAUGUUCAUGUUCACUGAGUAUUUCUAUCAUAUCAUGGAGUAUGUUCAUGUUCACUGAGUAUUUCUAUCAUAUCAUGGAGUAUGUUCAUAUUCACUGAGUAUUUCUAUCAUAUCAUGGAGUAUGUCCAUGUUCACUGAGUAUUUCUAUCAUAUCAUGGAGUAUGUUCAUGUUCACUGAGUAUUUCUAUCAUAUCAUGGAGUAUGUCCAUGUUCAUUGAGUAUUUCUAUCAUAUCAUGGAGUAUGUUCAUGUUCAUUGAGUAUUUCUAUCAUAUCAUGGAGUAUGUUCAUGUUCACUGAGUAUUUCUAUCAUAUCAUGGAGUAUGUUCAUGUUCACUGA